CGCCCCUCUCCCUGGGGCCCCCAUUCAUUAACUCACUGGGUCCCAGGAGAGGAGGGGGGAUGACACUUGUUUUCUCUUUCAGAAUAAGAAGGCCUUGCUUUCCUUCACCACUGGGAGUAGCGACUCCAUGUUCUUUCUUCACGGUAUCCACGGGGACAUAAACAUCACCCUCUGGCCACUUCAGAGUGGCAUUCUGCAUUUCUGUGGCUUCCAGGGCUUAGAACCACAGUUGUCGUACGGCAUUGGCCACACCCCACCAGUUUUUCAGAGGCAGAUCCUGGAAGGGUGGAAGAAGCGCCUGGAGACCAUCUGGGAGGAGACGCCACUCGACUUUCCUCCGAGCAGCCUGUUUGACCUCAGCUUCCAGGCAGGAUUCGUACUGAGAAAAGAGGUUCAAGAGGAGCAGAAAAAGAACAAGUUUGGCCUUUCUGUGGGCCAUCACUUGGGCAAAUCCAUUCCAGACCAAAGCUAGAAAAUACGAUUUUUUUUUUCCUAACAUGCAAGUUAAACCUAGUUAUCUUUCUUCCAGCUUGCCUGACUUGUUUUUUUCCUAUAUUCCACAAGGAUAGGAAAAGAAGUAGGUUCACCUCAUACAUUCUUGGAUAGUUCUGUUGUCAUUGAGUGUAUGACUAUGACUGCACAAUGACCAAAAUCAGAUGAGGUGCCACAGGAAGCUUGGUAUAUGGGGGCAGGGGCUAUGGAAGCUGGAAGAUACUCCUCUAGGUCAUCUAUGCAAUAUAAACCCAUCUUAGGGCUAGCCCUGGCUACAGAGACUCCAACUCUCCAGAGAUUGGUUCCUUUUAAUUACCUCUCUGUGGUUUAGGGCGGAGGGGAAUUGCUGAAAGAAAACAAAGGUUGAAGGACCUACUUGUUUGCAGUUAGUAAGCUAAAGUCUGUUUACAAUGCAUCCAGGUUUCAAUCACUGCGCAGUGACUGACAUGCCUCCCAGGGGGAUUUCUCUCCAGCUGUCUCUGUCUUGUACACAGCACACACAGGUUCUAGGAAAGGAAUGUUAAACGGGUCUCUGUCUCAUUUUUCCAAUGCUUUUUUCUUUUUCAGAAAUAAAUGAACACACAAGGACAUGGUGGUGCUUGCCUUUAAGCUCUUCAAUGCUUAAAAUAACAGCCCACUACUGAGCCGGAGAGAUGGCUCUGCUGACAGUUAAGAGCACUUGUUGCUCUUACUCAGGACCUGUGGUUCAGCUUCCAUUUGGCUGACACCUACAUAGAAGCUCAAAGCUGUUUCUAUCUCCAAUUCCAAGGAUCCAGUGCCCUCUCCUGGCAUCUGCAGGCACCAAAUGUUCACAGUGCACAGACAUGCAUGCAAAUAAAACAUCCAUACAUAUGAAAUAAG